GUGUCCAAAGUGAUAUGCGAUGAUGGUAUGCGAUGUGGUAUCCAAAGUGAUAUGCGAUGUGGUAUGCGAUGUGGUAUCCAAAGUGAUAUGCGGUGUUGUGUCCAAAGUGUAUGCGGAUCCGGUGUUGUGUCCAGAAUGUUAUGCGAUGUGUAUGCAGUGUUAAAUGCGAUGUUGUAUGCAAUGUCGUAGCCCAAGUGUAUGCGAUGUCGUAUGUGAUGUUGUGUCCAAAGGUGUAUGCAAAUGCAGUGUUGUAUGCGAAUGCGAUGUUGUAUGCAAAUGUAGUGGUAUAUGCAAUGCUGUAUGCGAAUGCGAAGGUCCAAAAGCAGAUGCUCCUGAAAUGAAAUGUGCGUGGAAUCAGAAGUAAUACCCUCAUCCCACCACU